AUGAACUCUAUGAGGGACCCGGUGAGCCUCGAGCCGCAGCACGUAUCCGGGACUAAACUGGGCUCCUCUUCGCACCACGCGGCUCUGGCCAUGGCCUCGAGCCUGCAGCCGCUGCAGCGCUCGGUGGAUGUCAAACACCGGCUCGAGGUGCACACGGUGUCGGACACGUCCAGCCCGGAGUCCGUGGAGAAGGAGAAAGUCCUGAACAAAGCCGACGACUCCUCGGAUGACCCGUCCAAGAAGAAACGCCAGCGGCGGCAGAGGACGCACUUCACCAGCCAGCAGCUGCAGGAGCUGGAGGCCACUUUCCAGAGGAACCGCUACCCGGACAUGAGCACCCGGGAAGAGAUCGCCGUGUGGACCAACCUGACAGAGGCCCGAGUCAGGGUGUGGUUCAAGAACAGGCGAGCCAAGUGGAGGAAACGCGAGCGGAACCAGCAGGCCGAGCUGUGCAAGAACGGCUUCGGCCCGCAGUUCAACGGACUCAUGCAGCCGUACGACGACAUGUACCCGAGCUACACGUACAACAACUGGGCCGCCAAGGGUCUCACGUCCGCCUCGCUGUCCACCAAGAGUUUCCCCUUCUUCAACUCCAUGAACGUCAACCCGCUCUCCUCCCAGACCAUGUUCUCCCCGCCCAACUCCAUCUCCUCCAUGACCCCCAGCAUGGUGCCGUCGGCGGUCACGGGGGUCCCGGGUUCGAGUCUCAACAGUCUCAACAACUUGAAUAACCUCAGUAACCCGUCGCUCAACACGGGAGUGCCCACGCCCGCCUGUCCUUACGCGCCCCCCACGCCGCCCUACGUGUACAGGGACACUUGUAACUCCAGUCUGGCCAGCCUCAGACUCAAAGCCAAGCAGCACUCGAGCUUCGGAUACGCCAGCGUGCAGAACCCCGCCACCAAUCUGAGCGCGUGCCAGUACGCCGUGGACAGACCGGUCUAAUAGCGAGUUAAACACUGCAAAAAUAAAAAAAUAAAAUAAAAGAUUAAAAAAUGGCCGCCAGACUGUGCUGCGUAAAGGCGCACGGAGAGGGGCGAGUCUGCGGGUGGUGUUUUGGAAAAUGCUUCCGGAUUUGGAAUUUUGGAGAGCUGCGAAUUAAAAGGGCAUGACAUUUGAACCAAAAGUGAGUUGUCAAAUUGCAAUCGAAUCAUUUUAGAGUUAUAACAAAAACAACAAAGCACUAGCCAAUCUUUAGAACACGAUUUUAUCCCGUGCCAAAUGUGCGUAAUUGGGUAACUUCUAACACAGCGUAAAUUACUUUUUUUUUUACUGUUACACUGCUUCCUAAAAAUGUCAUGUAAGCACUUUUCUGAGCCCUAUAGUCUUGAAAUUAUAUUAGUAAGUCUUCGUAAUAUGUUUGAAAUUUAUAGAGAACCCCAGUACCAUAGUAAAGUAGCAGUA